AUGGGGGUAACCACCCCCUCCUCCGACCUCGCCAUGGUUCGGGACAUUGCCCAAGGUGAUGGAAACAUCCACAUCGCCGUCAGCAAUGUCAAUACCUCCAACUUCAAGUCCAUCGAGAAAUGGCGUACCCACAACCACAAAGGCAUCCGAUUCACCUAUUUCCCCGAUAUCUCCACCUUGAUCAUCAAGUGCAGCGCACUACAUGAACGUGCACCUGCUUCCCUGGACGCUGCCAUGGCAGAGAAACUUAUGGCAAUGAAUAUAACCUACCGUGAAUUCUACCCACAGGGUGCGUCGCGCUAUACGGCCCCCCUGCGGAUCGACCAAGGAACCCAAUGCGUCCCGGAUAAAAUCCUAACAUCCGACCCUCGGGGGAUAGCUGGCCGUAUCUGGUUAUGGAGGCUGGGCUUGGAGAAUCUUGACCGCGUUUGA